AUGAGGGCAUAUCUUAAACUCUUUCCUCACGCUCAGUUGAGACACCAACAACUGAUAAUAAGAAAUAAAUUCGCCCCUCUCUCAUCGUUCCAUGUUUUCUCUCUUGCUUCUCUCCCCCCACUCUUUCUCUCAUCUAUAACACACGAUAAGUUAUUUUGUCCCCGAAUUUCCUUAUCUGCUUGUGAAAUACUUGGAAACCCUUCCGAAAAUUCGGUCAGUCUAUUCGUAUCUAUCGGUCUAUCUAUCGGUCUUUCUCUUUGUUUCUUUAAAAGCAAAGAAAAGAAAAAAAAAAAAUCCCCCUCUUCCUCUCUCUUUCUCUCUCUCAUGAUUCGAAAUCAUUUUUAUCAUUUCUUGACCAUUUUCUUUUUCAAAGAAAAAUUCUUGUCUGACUCGUUCUCUUUGUUUUCUUCUUUUUCUUCUUCAUUUCUUAUUGAACAAAAGAAAGAAGAUGAUAAGUUUUUUGUUCACCACCCUCCCCGAUUUCCUAUCUACUUCCUUAAUGUUUGUUUUUAUCUAUCUAUCUAUCUAUCUAUCUAUCUAUCUAUCUUAAAUCUUUCAUCUAUCAUCUUUCUUCUAUUUUUAUCUAUCUAUCUAUCUAUCUAUCUAUCUAUUUCAUUUUCUAUCUAA